AUGUCGCCGUCGACAAGGCGUUUAGAUUAUGAAUUGAAUAAGAAUGUUGCUACUGUAGAGUUGGAUGGUGGCGCGCAGCUGGAUUCACAAGCACAGUUACCUGCUGGAAGCAACGGUGCGGCAACGUCGAGCAAUGAGUCGAGCAACGCGGACGUAGCUGCUCAAACAGGCGCUAACGCUGGCACCGCCGAACCAACGUUGGUGUCUAUUUGCGAUGAUUUGCUCUUUUCCAUGUAUGUCGAGGAGUCCAUAGCGGAGAUAAUACGCGAAAUGGAAGAGAAGAAAUUGCAAGCGGUGGGCGCGGAACGCUUCGAAUAUGCACGCAAGCUAAAGUUGUGUAUGACAUCGUUGCGUACCGCUGGCGAGCGGUUGGGCCGUUACGCGCUCGCUAAGCGGCAAGCGGUGCAACAGGAGGAUUUCACCACAGCCAAGUUGCGAAAGGAACAAAUCGAAAUGUACAAGGCGCUUGUAUUGAAGCAUUUGUUGGUGCAAGAUUUAUUGGAAGCGGAUGGCUUGAACGCUUCCAAUGACAUGGCGUGCGAAGUGUAUGCCAGCAAACCGAUAUUACCACCAGCGCCUAGCUUACAAGAUGUCGCACAAGCGCUAGCGGAAGCGCACUAUCAAACAAGCACAAUGAGCCCAAAGAGUCUGCAAGAUGAUCGCUCCUCAACAGAUGGUUGUUGUUCGAGCCGUGUUGGAGGCGUCCAUUCAGCAACAGCUGCUGCAGCACAACACAAUGCCAACGACUCCGUGUCACUACAAUCAAAUGCAGCACUGCGCAAAUCACACGACGACAUACCAAUUUCACCAAAAUUAGGGAAAGGGCGAAGUCCAAGUCGACACAGCUCGCCAAUGUCUAGCCGACAAGGUUCGUUGCGUCGCAGGAAUAAGAGUGCACCACGUAAUUCUUAUGAAGACUACGAAGAACGUGCAAUACCAACGUUGAGACAGGAAUGCCAAGGUACAGCCCUACUGGAAGCCGAUCCCAAUCGCGGGCGUUCGCGUUUAAAUGAUCGCGAACGUCGCCAGGCUGCACUACCUAUCCUCGUAUUCGGUAAUGAUAUGGUUGAACAAUUCUAUUCGAGACAAUUUCAAGAUCGCGAAGAUGGCUUAAUAAGCUUGCGAAAUUUCUUAAAAGGCAUAGAUCCUGAGCAACCGAAUACAAACACCAAAUCCAACUGCAAUUCGGGUAGCGAGAGUACGGCUGGGCCGAAUAAGGUUGCGCGCAGCGCUGCACUUCUUCUCCACCGCGCCGUUCGUGAUGCUGUCUACUCAGUCUUUAGUCAAGCCACCGAAACGGUACGCGUGCUCUUUCUCGAAUAUGUGCCUGGACGCGUGUCCCAGAGUGAGGUGGCACGUUGUGUGGAUCGUUUGCUACCCGAACUCUUGGCCAAAUCUGGUGAUCCAUCAGCGCGCAUUCAUACACUCGCUCAACACACUAUACUCAGCAUAGCUGCCUGUCCGGAGGUGAUUGAACAGCAUUUGGUAGCGCCAGCGCUUUCGCGCAGCGUCAGUUCGGGCACACAUCCACGCCUGGCGCUCAGUCGCAUGCAAAUGCUGGAACAGCUGGUGCUCAGCCAAGGCAUUAGCACAGACAAGCACAGUGGUCUGACGUGUCGCGCCCUCUCCGAAUGCGGCUGUUCGGGCAUACAUCAUCCGGCUGAGCCGGUACGCAAAGUGGCCGAACGCAUACUGUUGUUGGUGUACAAAGUGAAUCCGCGUUUGGUGCGCAAGCAGCUGCCACCUGACGAUGAUAUAACGAGGCGCAAUCUGCUCUAUCGACAAUUGUUCACCGAAUUCGAUAAGCUAGAUUUGGAGCGUAAAAAGGAGAUGCUGGAGGCAAAUAAAUAUUCGGCACACAAUUCCAGCGAUCCCACAUCACCGCCUGCGCAUCGUGGCCGUACGGAAUUGGAGCACUUUCAGCAUGCUACGGGCAGUGGUGGCGCCAGUAGCUGCGGCGGUGGCGCUGGUAGUGGCAGCGAUAGUCGUGGCAGUCCUUAUGGUUAUAUGUACAGCACAAAAUCACCCGAUCCGCAAUCUAGUCCGAUGCGUCGCUCGGAGACGCGUAUCUUAAAGAGUAAGAGCGGUCAUGCGCUAGGCGGCACAAAUGGUUAUGCGAGUGGUGGUAGCUCUGGUGGUGGCGGUAAUGGAAGUGAUGGCGGUGGUGGUGUUGUUGGUGGUGCGGGUGGUUUCAGUGGCGGCACAUUUGCCAACUGUAAUGGCAAGCAGCAGUAUAACGAACAAUUGAAGCGCUCCAUGAUAUCGGCAAGCAACUCUAGAAAAGGAUCUAAUUCUAAUUCGAAUUCUGAAUCGUUGGAGGAGCCACCCGACUUGAUACAUUGCCCAUUCUGCGAUUGGUGCUGCAGUAGCAGCGAUCAGUCACAAUUGGAUCGACAUUACUGGAAGUCAUGUCCUUUUCUAACAAAGUGCCCUCAAUGUAGCCAAGUUCUAGAAGUGGCGGCUAUGAAUUAUCAUCUGACAAAGGAAUGUGAGGCAAAGGACAGCUAUGUGAUGUGUGAGCGCUGCACAGAAUCGGUUCACAAGCAGUUGUAUGAUUUACAUCAAAUGGAGGACUACUGCCGAGAACUGAAAACGGGCGCUGCUCGUUGCCCACUGUGUCAUGAUGACGUACACCUGCCAUUGGAUGGUGGUUGGAAAUUACAUUUACUGAGCUCGACAGGUUGUCCUGGCAAUACAAGGCGACGUGCAAAAAAAUCAAACUAA